AUGGUCUUUUAUCUAUCUAUCUAUCUAUCUAUCUAUCCAUCUAUCCGGAUAGUUCUCAGUCCCAUUUUUUUCUAUGUAUCUAUCUAUCUAUCUAUCUAUCUAUCAGCUAUCUAUCACUUUAUAGUUAUUUCAUCUUUUGGUCUUUAUCUAUCUAUCUAUCUAUCUAUCUAUCUAUCUAUAUAUCUAUCUAAAUAUUAUCUAUCUAUCUAUCUAUCUAUCUAUCUAUCUAUCUAUCUAUCUAUCUAUCUAUCUAUAAUAGUUAUAUUUAUAUAUCUAUAUCUCAGCUUGUUCUUGUCUCUCAAUUUAAUCAUAUCUAUCUCAGUCUGUCUUUCUCAAGCUAUUCUUAUCUAUCUAUCUAUCUAUCUAUCUAUCUAUCUAUCUGUCCGUCUGUCCAUCUACCACCCCAACAAAGUGGCUAUCUAUCUAUCUAUCUAUCUAUCUAUCUGUAUAUUUGUGCGCGUGUCUCUUUCUCUGUUUCUGUCAUUCUUUCUUUCUUUCUUUCUUUCUUUCUUUCUUUUAGCUAUCUAUCUAUCUAUCUAUCUAUCUAUCUAUCUGCAUGCAUGUCUGUCUCGCUUUCUUUUUAUAUAUCUAUUUGUCUCUAUUUCUUUUUCUAUCUAUCUAUGUUUAUUUGUGUGCGUCUCUCUCUCUCUCUCUCUUUCAUUCAUUCUUUCUUUUUUAGAUCUGUCUGUCUAUCUAUCUUUAAUAUCUUAUUUUGUUCAUAUCUAUCUAUCUAUCUAUCUAUCUAUCUAUCUAUCUAUCUAUCUAUGGCAGUCUGUUCCUAUUUAUCUAUUUCAGAUUGUUCUACCUCCCUGUCGAUGUAACAUUUUUUUUUUCUAA